UCGGCUCUUUUUAACUUUCGGUCGCUGCUUCUCGUCCUGCUUCUCAUUAUUUGUACCAGCAGCUAUGCGCAUUCAAUAAUGCCGGGCAUUAUGGACCGCAACCAGAACGGGUAUGGAUCAACCAUCGGAAUCAGGAAUCGGAUAUAUGAGCAGAAGAUGCUAAUGACUUUACAAUGCAGAAUUUUUGGUAUCUUCUGGAAGUGUGCUCGUAUUGGAGAGAGACUCAGCCCAUACGUCAGCAUCUGCUGCGUGGUGAUGGCAGUAAGUUACUUACCCCAUGAGUCUCUAUCUUCUUCGGUGGCUAAAUUGCUACAUCUCUCGAAUCUCAUUGCUACGAUCUCCAGUGCACUGGGAACCCCAUAA